UGACAUCACAUGCACAUUAUCAUACUGUAACAUUACUAACAAGAGGAAGAUCCCUCAGAGAUUUCUGUCCUCCUGCAAGAUUAGAAGUGCUGAAAGUGGAAACAGAGUGAAUCCAUCCAGGAUUUAAUUCAUUUAGACGAAUCAUUCACUCACAGCUGGCCUUCCUGCCCCCUUGUGGCCGUGUGGAGACACUGCACCGAGGCAGGAUCCUUCACUUCCCAUUUCCAUGUAACGCUGCGCAACUUUGGAGGAUGUUUCACACCCUGAGCUCCUUGUGACACAUGUCGGAUGUGUAUAAAAACUUGCCAGGAAAGCUUCUCGCAGCCUGCAGCCAUGUGAUAAACGUCAGUUUACGCAGCAGGCCCGUGGAUCCUUCUUUCCUGGCUUUUUUUUGUUUUGUUUUGUUUUUGUUUGGUUUGGUUUUUGUCUUUAAUCAAAAACCUACUCCACCAUUCUCAGUUUGCAUGAUCUCUGUGGGGUAAAGUCAACACAGUCUGCCUGCUCUGGAUGCCAACUUCCCAUUUUAUCUGCUUCUAUUUGCAGCCGGUGCCACGCCCUCCAGAAAAGGCUGGAUAAAGUUGAACAAGUGUCCUCCUCCUUCACACCAGCCACAGCACCUUAUCAGGAAAGAUCAGAGCUUUUUACUGUUAAAAAAAAAAAAAAGAUCUCUGGACUUUCCUCUGUAGCGCAGAAUUUCGGAAUAUUUAAGCCAUCGCAUUCAAAUUAAGAGGAAGAAAGGGGUUUAAAAGAUGCUCUGCGCCCUUUUGCUGAAUUUGUGAAGCGAGAGAAGGGAGCACACACCUCCAGAAGCCUCCAGCAUUUUCACCUUGACCGCAGAGGGCUCGCUGGUGUGAGGGAUGGCUGGCUGCUGCGUGUCGGCGGAGGACAAAGAGAACCAGAGGAUCAACGAGGAGAUCGAGAAGCAGCUGCGGAGGGACAAGAAGGACUCUCGGAGGGAGCUGAAGCUGCUGCUGCUGGGUACUGGAGAGAGCGGGAAGAGCACCUUCAUCAAACAAAUGAGGAUCAUCCAUGGAGGAGGUUACUCGGAUGAGGACAAGAAGAGCUACGCCAAGCUGGUGUUCCAGAACAUUUACACGUCCAUGCAGACGAUGAUCCGAGCCAUGGAGGUUCUUAGUAUAUCCUUCUCUGACCCACAGAACCAGAGUCAUGCAAAUGCAAUCCUGGAGGUGGAGGUGGACAAGGUGGAGGAGUUAGAACAAAGCUUCGUGAUGGGCAUCAGGAGUCUGUGGGCCGACGGAGGGAUACAGGAGUGCUACGACCGACGCAGGGAAUACCAGCUGUCCGACUCCACCAAAUACUAUCUCACGGACCUGGAUCGAAUUGCACAACCCUCUUACCUACCUGACCUGCAAGAUAUCCUCAGAGUCCGAGUGCCAACCACGGGUAUCAUCGAAUACCCCUUUGACAUGGAGAAUGUCAUCUUCAGGAUGGUGGAUGUCGGGGGUCAGAGGUCAGAGAGGAGGAAGUGGAUCCACUGCUUCGAGAACGUCACCUCCAUCAUCUUCCUGGUGGCGCUCAGCGAGUACGACCAGGUUCUGGCCGAGUGCGACAACGAGAACCGUAUGGAGGAGAGCAAGGCCCUGUUCAAAACCAUCAUCACCUACCCCUGGUUCCAGCGCUCCUCCGUCAUACUCUUCCUCAACAAGACCGACAUCCUGAAGGAGAAGAUCAUGUACUCUCACAUAGCCACGUACUUCCCUGAAUUCACAGGGCCGCAGCAGGAUUCCGGAGCAGCUCAAGAAUUCAUCCUGAAAAUGUACCAAGAACAAAACCCGGACAAGGACAAGACGCUGUACCCUCACUUCACCUGCGCCACGGACACGGAAAACAUCCGCUUCGUCUUCGUGGCCGUCAAAGACACCAUCCUCAGACACAACCUGAAGGAGUUCAAUCUGGUGUAAAAUGGAGCAGGAGGACCGCCGAGGGUAGAAGUAACGACGCGAGGAGAGCCACGAUAGGAGAUACACAUAAAGAUAAACUUUACAGUGAUUUGUCAUAGUUGUCUAAACAGAGAACACUUGGAUUUCACAUAAAGUUUCUCCCUGUUUAAACAACUAAUGACUAAAGAUCCUUGGUGUCAUUGUGCCGGUAAGAGUUCAGCUGUGUGUAAGCUGCUCUCUGGAAUGUAAUAUUUAUGUGUCGUGUGUAAUUUAUAGCAUUUAUAGAGAUGUACUGCAGGGAAAGAGAUACUUAACAGCAGAACUGAGGAUGUGAAAACUAUUUAUUUUUUAAAGAUUAUUAUGUAAUAUUACUGACCUGUCAAGUAGGCAACAUAUUUCACUAAUUCUUAAAAUAGUUAUCAGAAAUGCUCACGCACGUGCUGUUUUAAAGAGUUUUUUUGUUAUUUAAUACUGAUACUUAGAACAUUUUAUGCCUUUUGCUUUUAACUCCGAGCCACCUGUCUUCUCCCGCCUGAAGGUGCCUUAUUUACUCAGCACACUGAGUUUGUUGUAGAUGUAAAUAAUCCACAUUGUGCUGUGAGACAAAUCCAACUGUUUUUCUUCUCAUGAGAUAUGCAAAGUACACGUGUGGUGAUUUUGAAUAAACAAUUAUAGUUACUUAUUGAAGAGCGUCGUUUGUGUGCGUGGGAUCUUCUGGGUACAACAAAAGACGGAUGACGACGCUGAGAUUCAAUACACAUAUUUUAUUUCAUUUUUUCGGAAAGAGCAGGAGAGAGAGAGAGAAAAAAAACAAAAACAUUAGGCCACUCCAGUGUAUAUUUUGCUCCCCAAAAACCAAAAAUGACAAACAUUAACUGGCAACAUAAACACUUAGUCGCAUUAAACUGCGAUGCACCACAAACCAAAAAGCAAAACCUUAAAAAAGCGUCAGAAAUUAACAGCAGCUCGUAAUAAUUAGCAUUCGUUUCUAUUAAAUAUACUUUUCUCUGCAUAACUCGUUAACAUCGUUGGCAUUGCAUACGUGUGGUAUAAAAACAUAAAAAUCACAAAAUUACAAUCUGUAACACCGUAACACAAUGGACUAUUGUGUGAGUGUGGAUAUAUAUGUACAGACAGUUUAUUAUUUUAGAUCAAUAUACAGCAAAUUGAUAAGCGUAGUAUAAAAAUAGCAUGCCUCUCUAAAUCACACACUGAACAGUCUUCAACUGCAGCAACGUAUUUAAAAAAA